AGUUAGGGUGGGUACAAAACACAUUGUAUGAAAAACGAGCGCUAAAAGCUGUCAGACCAUGCCAGAAUGCAGUGCAUGGAGAAGAGCCUGUGUUUUCUAAACUGGGGGCUGAUCAUCGGAGGUGUCCUUUAUUUCCUGCGCCAGGUCAAGACUCACACUCAAUAUGGACGAUAUGUGGAAACCGGUGCUCCCGGGGUGAUGCUGCCAGCCAAAGUUGCCUGGUUCAUCCAGGAACUUCCCUCGGUUUUAGUGCCUGUGCUUCUGCUCCUCAGCACGGACACUUUGCAAGGACUGGGGCGCAGCGUUUUCCUCUGGACCUUCUGCCUGCACUACUUCCAAAGGACUUUCAUCUACUCGUUGCUGAAUAAGGGACGGCCGUGUCCUCUGUUCAUCAUGGUAUCAGCUGUGGUGUUCUGCUCGUUAAAUGGUUUCCUGCAAGGGCAUUACAUGCUCCACUGUGCCCGGUUUGACGCCGAUUGGCACACAGACAUCCGCUUCAUAUCGGGUCUGUUCAUGUUCUUCUCAGGAAUGGCCAUCAACAUCCACAGCGACUAUAUCCUGAGGAAUCUUAGAAAGCCGGGCGAGAUCACUUACAAGAUACCUGAGGGAGGAAUGUUUGAGUGGGUGUCUGGUGCUAAUUUUUUUGGGGAGAUAUUAGAGUGGUGUGGUUACGCCAUGGCCACGUGGUCUCUGACCACCUUCUCCUUUGCUUUCUUCACCAUGUGCUCCAUCGGUCCCAGAGCUUAUCACCACCACAGGUUCUACCUCAAGAAAUUUGACAAUUACCCAAAGUCGAGGAAGGCGGUGAUCCCGUUUCUGCUCUGAGUGCAGAUGGAGUGUGUGAGGAUCCGGUGAGGAACAGAUCCAUGGAACAUCAGGACUACAUGAAGCCCCUUCAGCUGUAUUUUAUGUGUUUAAAAAUGUGUUAAAUAAUAAAGAUAUUUUUUUCCUUCUUCCUAUAAAAAGCUGAGAGUUCA